AUGGCAUCAAUCGCACGCAGUUUAAGGCCAUGCGCCUCAAAAAUUACAUCCAGCAUGGUUAAGACUGUUCCACCAUGGGGAUCUUCAUCUUUUGGAGCUGUUCGGGCUUUCUCAGUAUCUAGAGCUGCUUUCGCCAAAAAAUAUACCAAAGACCACGAAUGGAUUCAACUCUCCUCCGACAACAAGACUGGCACGAUCGGUAUCAGUGACUAUGCCGCAAAUGCUCUCGGUGACGUCGUAUUUGUCGAGCUUCCAACCGUCCCCGUGGAUGUCGGUGCCGGUGAUGCCAUUGGUGCUGUAGAGUCUGUCAAGAGCGCAUCCGAUAUCAACAGUCCUAUUACUUGCAAGAUCGUGCAAUCUAACAAGAUAUUGGAGGAAACACCAAGCACUAUCAAUAAGGGUCCUGAGGACGAAACCACCGCAGGAGGCUGGUUUGCCAAGGUUGAGAUUGGAGAGCAAGGAAUCAAGGAUUUAGAGGGGUUGAUGGAUGAGAGUGCUUAUAAAGCGUUUACCAAAGAUUCGGGAGCGUGA